CAGGCAGCGCCUAAGAGUCCCGGCAUUAGCCGCCGGUUUCGAUUAGAGCGCGGAGCCGUGGCGGCGGGGCGCUGCGGUGUGGUUGCACCGCCCGAAGCCGGGUGACGGAGAGGCAGGGCCGGGGGUGGGGGUAGAGCGCAAGGUCGGGCCGGUGGCUCCGCCGAGGUCUGAAGACGCGAGCCGGGGCGCGGGACAGCGGCCACCGCAGACUCCGCAGCCGCGAGCGCGCCGUGGGCCGCGCGCCGGCGGGGACGCGCCGGCGGGGGCGCGCAGGCCCUGCCCGCCCCUUCCGUCCCCACCCCCCUCGGUCCCUUCCUCUCCCCCACCUUCCUCUCGCUUCCCGCGCCCCCGCACCGGGCGCCCACCCUGCCCUCCUCCGGUGCGGGCCGGAGCGGGCCGGGCCGGGCCGGCGGGCCGGGGGAUGGCGCUGCUGGACCUGGCCCUGGAGGGAAUGGCCGUGUUCGGGUUCAUCCUCUUCUUGGUGUUGUGGCUGAUGCAUUUCAUGGCCAUCAUCUACACGCGAUUACACCUCAACAAGAAGGCAACAGACAAACAGCCAUAUAGCAAGCUCCCGGGUGUCUCUCUCCUGAAACCACUGAAAGGGGUAGAUCCCAAUUUAAUCAAUAAUUUGGAAACCUUCUUUGAACUGGAUUACCCCAAAUAUGAAGUACUCCUUUGUGUACAAGAUCAUGAUGAUCCAGCCAUUGAUGUAUGUAAGAAGCUGCUUGGAAAAUACCCAAAUGUUGAUGCUAGAUUAUUUAUAGGUGGCAAAAAGGUUGGCAUUAAUCCUAAAAUUAAUAAUUUGAUGCCAGGAUAUGAAGUUGCAAAGUAUGAUCUUAUAUGGAUUUGUGAUAGUGGAAUAAGAGUAAUUCCAGACACGCUAACUGACAUGGUCAAUCAAAUGACAGAGAAAGUAGGCUUGGUUCACGGGCUGCCAUAUGUAGCAGACAGACAGGGCUUUGCUGCCACAUUAGAACAGGUGUAUUUUGGAACUUCACAUCCAAGGUCCUACAUCUCUGCCAAUGUCACUGGUUUCAAGUGUGUGACAGGAAUGUCCUGCUUAAUGAGGAAGGAUGUACUAGAUCAAGCAGGAGGACUUAUCGCUUUUGCUCAAUACAUUGCUGAAGAUUAUUUCAUGGCUAAAGCAAUAGCUGACAGAGGAUGGAGGUUUGCAAUGUCCACUCAAGUUGCCAUGCAAAACUCGGGUUCCUACUCAAUUUCUCAGUUUCAAUCCAGGAUGAUCAGGUGGACCAAAUUGCGAAUUAACAUGCUUCCUGCUACAAUCAUUUGUGAGCCAAUUUCGGAAUGCUUUGUUGCCAGUUUAAUUAUCGGAUGGGCAGCCCACCAUGUAUUCAGAUGGGAUAUUAUGGUAUUUUUCAUGUGUCAUUGCCUGGCGUGGUUUAUAUUUGACUACAUUCAACUCAGGGGUGUCCAGGUAUGUGGAUAGCCAUGGAAAGGUUGGUAGUUGUUUGGUAGAAUGAAAACGCUUCUAAUUUAGAAAGGUUGGAGCCAUUCUUCAGUUUCUUACUGAAGGUUAAUAUUAGGGUGUUUUGUUUUCUACUGUACUAGGGGCUGAACUCAGGGUCAUAUGCUCACUAAGUGAACACUCUACCACUUGAGCUAUGCUCCCAGCCUUUAUUGUUGGUGAUGAUGCAUUUGUUUGUUUGUUUGUUUGUCG